AUGCACAUCAAGCCAUUAUUAUAUCAACCCGAAAUUCAAUCAUUUAUUUGCUUAAUUUCAAGUAUUCUUAUAUUAUUAUUUAAAUUUUAUUUUACUCAAACGUUUUCAUUGUUUACUUUAUUUCUUUAUUUGAUUAUUAUAAUACUUGUAUGUAGAAGAAUAGCAACUGGUGAUUCAUAUAUUCCAUCAAAAAAUACAGAUCUAACUGGGCAAACAGUUAUAGUUACAGGAGCAGCAUCUGGUAUUGGUCGUGCGUCAGCCAUUGAAUUUGCUAAAUUAGGUGCAAAAGUUAUUGUUGGUAUACGUGGUCAAAAUCGAGCUGAGCAAACAGCUCGAUUAUUGGCGCAAGAAGCAAAGAUAAUUGAUACUGGUAAAAUAGUUGGUUACGAUUUGGAUUUAUCAAAACUUUCGACAGUAAAACAAUUCGCUAAUAAAAUUCUCAAACAUGAACAACAUGUGAAUAUUCUUUUGAACAAUGCUGGUAUGGCACACUCAAUACAUUCAUUAACCGCGGAUGGAUUAGAAACAGAAUUUGGUACAAAUCAUAUUGGUCAUUUUUAUUUAACAAAACUUCUGUUACCAUUAUUAAUUCGAUCAAAAGCACGUAUUGUUAAUGUGAGCAGUACAGGACACUGUUUCGUUGAUCAUCGUAUCAAUUAUGAAUUUCCCAGUUCGUCCUAUAAUGCACAAAUAUCGUAUGGUCAAUCAAAAUUAGCUCAAGUAUGGCAUGCCUUUGAAUUACAAAAACGCUAUGGUCAACAAGGUAUAAAAGCAUAUUCAUUACAUCCUGGAAUGAUUUAUACAGAAAUAACACGACGAGCACCAAAAUCAUUUAACAUCUUUUAUCACGUAGUACUAUUGAUAGUUGGAAAAUCAAUAUAUCAAGGAGCACAAACAAGUUUAUAUUGUUCAUUAUCGAACGAAGCUAGACCAGGACAAUUUCAUGGUAAUUGCAAAGAAGCAAAAUCAAGUCCAUUAGCUUUUAAUAAACAAUUAGCAGAAGAAUGUUGGGAUGUCAGUGAAAAAAUCAUUAGUGAAAAGACAAAAUAUUUCUAA